UGUCGGACUGUCGGAUUUGGAUAGAACCUAGGUGGUUUGGGGCUGAUGGAUCAUAUAGCGAGUAGACAUUCAAACCCCCACCUCUCCCCUCUCUCUCUUCCUCUCCCUUUCUCUCUCUCUCUCUCUCUCUCUCAUAAGUCAUAACUCAAAAGGUCUAUAAACUUAUUCAGUUAUUUGUGUAGGAUUCAAACGGGGAUAAUGAGUACUUCAGCAGGAACACAAGACCUUAACUACUUAUAUGCAUCAAUUGCUAAUGUAUCCAACUUCGUUUCCGUUAAACUUUCAGGCAACAACAACUACCAUGUUUGGAAGUCACAAAUGCUUUGCCUGCUGGACAGUAACAACAUGGGUGGCAUCGUGGAUCCCAUAUUUGUCGGCCCAAGAUAUUCCAGCACAGACACAGUGAGACAGUACGACAGUCUUGCCAAAGGUUGGAUUUUGGGUUCUGUUUGUGAAGAUUUACUGGUAGAUGUCCACAAUUUCAGCUCCGCUAAAGCUGUUUGGGAAGAAUUAAAAUCCAUAUGUGACCCUGCUAUGUGUUUUCAAGAAGAUUCAAUUUCAAAAAAGUCUGAUGCAGAAACAGAAAAGGAUGUCGACAGAAAUAGAAUUUCAGCAGAAACAAACACAGUUGAAGAAGGCGCAAAUUCAAUAGAAAUAGUCGUGGAUCAAGACAUUGUUCCAACAGAAACCGAUACAAAAAGUGAACGUGAGAAAGCCAGCGAGUUUCUAAAGCUAUUAGAUGAACAAGUCAACCGAAAUCGUUUACAUUCAGUUACUAAAAAGGGGGAUUGGACAGAAGCAAAAUCCAUUUUAGAAAAAAAUAAAGACCUAGCGACAGAAGCAGUGAGAAGUGAUGGUAGCACUAUACUUCACAUUGCUGUUGGAAUAGGCCAUAACGAUUUCGUGAAACAAUUGUUGUCGUAUAUGAAUGAUGAACAACUACUUCAACGGAGAGACUCUGAUGGAAGCACAUCGCUUCACAUUGCUGCGAUUGUUGGUAACACAGAUGUAGCAGAUCUACUUGUUAAAAGGAACAAAAUGUUGUUAAGGGUUAAAGACAAUAAAGGAGUAGAACCAUUGCAAAAAGCUUAUGAAUAUAUGCAUCUUGAUACCAUUGGAUAUUUUCUGAAAGCUGUCAGUGAUGACGGCAAAAACGAGUUGCAGUCUUCUUUAACCGGCUCUGUUCACCCUGAUGAUGAUAUUGCGACCGACCUUCUUGUUAAUGCUAUUUCUGCAAAACAAUACAGUUUAGCAUUAGAGUUGGUUCAAAAUUUUCCUGAGUCUGCUUCAAGAAGUGACGAUGUACUCAUGGCUCUAGCUAAGAACUUUCCCAGUGGGCUAGACCAUUGGGAAACACUUGUAUCUCCUUCCCCUUCAAGAUGGCUAGACGAUUUCAUGUUACAAGCACACGCGUUGAUAAUUCUGUUUCUUUUGGGGUUUCCAAUGUUCGCCCUAUAUAAGUUUAUAGUCAAAAGAUCACCGAGUAAUAAGGGCAUCGGUACUCUGCUAUUUAAAUUGGUAAUACUAACAGUAGCAGCAUGGCUUGCGUUGCCCCUUGCAUUUACACGCCUCCUCAUACUGGCCGCUCGUUUCAUAUUCCGCUUCCUUUAUUCCUUUUUAUGGAAAGGCGCAAAGAUUCUAUUUGCACCCAUCAAGCGAAUAGAGAACAAAAAGAAUAAUCUGGAUGAUGCCAGAUUAGUUCUAGGCUGUGUCUGUGAUGCAAUAGACAAGUUGGAGAAGUCUGGUAGUGAUCAGUCGCUUUAUACGGAAGUAAUUCGUAGGUUUAAGAAAUCUGGUACGGAUCACCCCUAUUACACCCGACCAAUUCUUGAGGCUGCAUGUCAAAAUGUUUAUGAAGUUGUUGAUAAGAUUUUACUUAGAUCACCAAAAGCAAUUCAGAGUAGUGAUAAAAGUGGGUAUGACAUUAUUCAGUUAGCAAUAUUGAACCGCUCCGAAAAAAUCUACAACCUUAUCUAUGACAUUGGGGAACGUAAGAAUCUAUAUAGGAUCUAUAACGAUUCUUUUAAAAAUAAUAUCUUGCACUUAGCGGGAAGAUUGGCCCCUUCAAGUGUACUCAACCAGAGAACAGGUGCAGCAUUACAACUACAAAGAGAGCUUCAAUGGCGUGAGGAAGUGAAGAAAUUUGUAUUUCCUACGUAUACUACACAAGAAAACAUUUUCAAGGAGACACCAGAUAUGGUUUUCACAAGGGAACACGAGAACUUGGUGAAGGAAGGAGAAAAGUGGAUGAAAACCACAGCAGAGUCAUGUAGCAUCACGGCUGCACUUAUUACCACAAUUGUAUUUGCAGCUGCGAUAACUGUUCCAGGUGGAAGCAAUCAGGAAAAAGGGACCCCCUUGUUUAAAAAAGAAGGUGCAUUUAUUACGUUUGCUAUAUCAGAUGCAAUCUCACUAUUUUCAUCCGUUACGGCAUUACUAGUGUUCUUGUCUAUCCUAACAACACGUUUUGCUGAGAAAGACUUUCUAGUCAGCUUGCCAAGGCGAUUGUUUAUUGGACUUUUCUCUUUAUUUCUAUCUACAACAACCAUGAUGAUAGCCUUCAGUGCUACCGUGUUCCUUGUCUUUUGUGAUCAAAACCCAUGGAUGAUUCUUCCUAUAAGUGGAUUGGCUUUCAUUCCAAUUGCUUCUUUUGUUACCCUACAAUUCCCGCUCAUGGUGGAUCUUUUCAGGUCGACGUAUAUACCCAUAUUUGGCAAGAAAAAAGAAAAGAAGAAGCAUCUUAUCAGUAGAAUAAUCGAUAAGAUGUUGGAUCAUGUAUUCCAUUUUAUGGACGAGUAGAAUAAUAAAUAUAGUGUUAUCAUAA